AAAAGUACCCAUAUAAUAGCAAUUAUGAACAGUUUGUGACGAGGGUAAUUCCGUCAGACCGACGACGGUUGGAACUUUCCUAAACCUGUAUCAUCAUUUCAUUAGGAAGGAACCUGGAAGUCGGACCACGAAUCCAGACACAUGAAAAGGAUUGUACAUGUUUGGAUUGGGAUUUGAAGCACUGUUUUGCGCAAUGCCAUCAUCUCUUGAUCACCUUAAAACUUAUUCCCAACAGUACAAGUAAAGCCACAAACAUCAUCAUCGAAUUGCUUGGAGUCGACGAACAUCGUAGGAACGGGUGAUGAAAAGCCAAGUAUCUUGCGUCGUAGAUGAAGACGACUGCGAGUCGUGUAGGUUGGCGUAUUGUUGGUGGAGAACGGCUGCGAAAUUCGAUGAAUGCGUGAAGCUGACUCUGGACUUUCCCAACGUUUCCAUCCUUACGCCUAGGCUCAGACUGCUUAGAGAACUGGAGAGACUGGCUUUGAUUGCACCCGAUGGACUAAUCGAGCUUCGGCACAAGCUUAUCGGGUAUCGUUCGGGUGAUUUCUGGGUACCCACAGGAGGGAUCACCAAGGAAGACAUGGACAUUCCCCCGGUGAACACAAUUCUCUUGGUCGGAUUUUCGGGUUCAGGCAAGAGCUCGCUUAUAAAUCUCAUGUACAGCAUUCUCGGUCGCUCUGGCCUAAUACCCUUUGCUCGAACAUCAUCAGGAAUUUCUGGUUAUACAACAAUGUACCUGGAAGAACACAAUGUCCUAAGAUCGAUGCAAAGCGGCUUCUGCGUUUAUGAUUCGAGAGGGUUCGAUUACAAUAGAACGAGAGAGGCCUUGGAUGAAUUGUCAUGUUGGAUGAGUGAAGGGAUUCAUCAUAAUCAACCAUGCUUUAGAUAUGAUGACUGCAGGACGACGAUGGUGGACGAUGCGGAGAACAUUGGCACGAGAUCAUCAGCGCAAUUUGUGCAGAGACGAGUGAAUUGUGUGAUGGUUGUAGCUAACAUAGCACACAUUUACAAAGCUUUAAAAGCAGGAGACUUUAAGCCAUUAGAAGCCAUCAGACAGCUCUUCUGCUCCCCUGCCUUGCGUAAAAGCAACGAAAACCCUAUCCUGAUCUUAACACAUGGUGACUUAUUAUCGACAGAGGAGAGGAUCGAUGGCCGGCUGAAGAUAUGCGAAAGUCUCCGGAUAUCGGUGACGAAUGGAGUUUACGACAUACUAUGCCUCAAUGAGUAUGGAUUCGCGGUAGAAGAAUCGGAUCCCGUUUCGGCCUAUGCGUUAACCGAAGCCGUGUACAGGGCAGUGCUGAUCUCGGAUAGAGGCCACUACCCAAAGAAGAAAUUCUGGGACGUGGCGCUAUUGAUGCUGCUAUGGCUGUUGCGGUUCAUCGGCUUUUGCUUCGGCUUCCUGGCUGAUGUAUUUUCCAACCUUGGGAAACAUAAACUGAAGAUGUGAUCCAAGUGGGUUUAUUUUGUUGUAAUAACGGCAGUGUUAUGAUCAGUGGUGUUUUAGGUUUAGGAGAGUGAUAUUUGAGAGAGACUAACCUACUUGACAAUGACAGACCCUUAGUUUUAAAUAUCUUAACUCACCAUCUGGUUUUUGCUUACUGAUGUAUUGAUUAAAUUCUCAACAUAAUGAAGAAUAAAAUGAUUUUCUUUUGAUGGCUUUAUCUACUGGGGUGCUUAGGCCAGUUUUAAGGCUAAAGAGAUGGUCUCAUUUAGUUAUAUGAAGGGGCGGUAACAGGGCUUCAACUAUAAAAGGAAAUUCUAGAGUAGCCUCGAAG